CAAACAGCUGUCACCGACUUCCUGUUAACAAACGUCGAAUCGGAACGUGCUCCUCCUUGAUCUCGGCGUAUUUCGCUGAUAAACUCCCUGGUGUAAGAUGAGGCACGCAAAAUUCAUUGCCCGAACGGUUUUGGUGCAGAACAACAACGUCGAGGAAGCGUGUCGCGUGCUGAACCGUAUCCUAGGAAAGGAAGAGAUCUUCGAUCAGUUCCGGCGCACUCGGUACUACGAAAAACCCUUCCAGACUCGGCGCCGCAUCAAUUUUGAGCGCUGCAAAUCGAUCUACAACGAAGACAUGAACCGAAAGAUCCAGUUUGUGCUGCGCAAGAACCGGGUGGAGCCGUUCCCGGGAUGUAAUUAAUAGAUUAAUAGAUAAAGUGAAUUUCCUGUAGUACCAUCAAAUA